GCCUGUUUGCUUUCAGAAGCUGGUCCGAUAGGGGCGGUGAACUGAGAUUUCCCAGGCCAGAGCUUUCUCCCAGCAGCUACUCUAGAGGAUUGUCUGCUCAGGGUUCAGAUGUUUGCCUUGACUCCAGAGGAGAGCAGAGUCUGGACCUGGUAAGCCCGUUGGUCAGCUUGUGUUCUGGACCAUGGACUCCAUGAGAAUCCCCCUAAUGUGAAAAUGUCGAACACUAACAGGGAAUUAGUGAUUGACUUUCUCUCCUACAAGCUAUCGCAGAGGGGAUACAGCUGGAGUCGGUUCGAAGGGGAGGAUGAGAUCAGGACUGAUUCUGCAGAAGAGGCUGAGAUGGCAAGUGUCCCUAAUGGGAGUCCAUCCUGGCAUCAGGGUGCCAGCCACAUAGUGAAUGGGGCUGCUGGGCACAGUAACAGCCUUGAAGCCCAUGAAAGGGUUCCAGCAACUGGAGUGAGGCAGGCGCUGAGAGAGGCAGGAGAUGAGUUUGAAUUGAGGUAUCGGAGGGCUUUCAGUGACCUCACUUCCCAACUCCACAUCACUCCUGGCACGGCAUACCAGAGCUUUGAGCAGGUAGUGAAUGAACUCUUCCGGGACGGAGUGAACUGGGGGCGCAUUGUGGCUUUUUUCUCCUUUGGAGGAGCCCUGUGUGUGGAGAGUGUCGACAAGGAGAUGCAGGUGUUGGUUGGACGCAUCGUCUCAUGGAUGACCACUUACCUGACUGACCACCUAGAUCCCUGGAUCCAAGAGAAUGGCGGUUGGGAGCGGUUUGUGGAUCUCUAUGGGAAUGACGCUGCUGCCAAGAGCAGGAAAGGCCAGGAGCAGUUCAACAGGUGGCUUCUGACCGGGGCGACUCUGGCAGGAGUGCUCCUGCUGGGCUCUCUGCUGAGCCGCAAGUAACCGGACACUGACUCCUCCCCAGCGCCCAGGAUGGCCCUGGGCCUGUGGCAAAUGGCAAAACUCCGUCACACUAUACUCCAGAGCAACGUGAUCAUUCCAAGGGGCAGCGCCCCACCCGCAGCCCGUCUUGAGGGGCAGUGACUCCUGCCCCACAGAUCUCUUCUGGCCUGCGUGCCACCAUAUCCCUUUUAUCCUAAUCUUCACUUACUGUUGGUUUUAAAAACCCCGGCGACCAAGGCAGCUGUUCCGCAGGCUGCUCCCCAUAGGCUGCUGGGGACCCCAGCCUGUGUCCUAGGUCACCAAACAGCAGGGAUUGGGGUGGAAACGUGCUCCCCCAGGUGGCAUGGGGAGACGCCCUUUGGGGAGGUGGGGAGGAUGUUUAGGGUAAGGCUCUAGGGGCAAGCCCCACCCCCUCCACACAGCCCCACUGUCAUUGCAGGCUUUGUGCAUAUCUAGCUUGGAGGGGUGUUCCAGGCAAUACCCAGCUCAGCUGGCCGUGGGCGUGGCAGGGAGGUGGGGAGAAAGGAGAAGUGUGCCUCUGGCAGACUGAACCGGGAAGAUCUGCUGUUAACCAUCAGUGCAGCUUCCCCUCCUGGGUCUGUCUGUGAGGUCAGCUGGUGCUGCGAUUGCCUGGCUGCUGUGUGUGGCAUCUGGAGCUGGUGGGAAGGGGUUAGGUGCAGCCAGGGCCCCGGGGCUGCCCUUGGCAGACCUCAAACCAUUUCUUCUAGUUAAGGGGUAGAGUUUACAUUAGGCGUCUCCCCAGCCCUGAAAGUCCUAAUCCUUCCCCUGUGCUGCAGGAGACUCCUCCCAGAGCCGUGUACUGCUGCAUGCGUCCGAAUCUGCUCUCCCAUUGCGUCUAGCUCCAGAGGCCAAGGCCCCGUCUCUACGCUGGCUGUGCCCAGCCCAGGGCACUCUGCUGGGACGGGUGUCAGGCCCAGCUUUGUGCUCCCAGGCAUGGGCACAGUGGGAUCCUCGUGCUGUUCUUUCCCUAUGAAUGUAGAUUUCUGCAGUGACUUACACUGUGCCGCCUCCUUCCCUUUUGCCCUAGGCUGCCACUUUUUCCCUACAUGCUGCAAGCACCCGAUCCUGCACCCCAGCACUCCAAGCAGGUACCCCGCAUUCCUCGGCUCGGCUGCUCCGAGCAUGGGCCUGGGGCUGCAAAGUGCUUUCCCACUCUCUGGGGACCAGGCAUGUCUGGGUUUGCUCUUCUUGCUUGGAGUCCCCUAGCUAGUGCCAGGUGGGCGACUCACGGACAGAGAAAAACACUGUGUCAGCAGCAGUGCCAUGGCAGGUGUUUACAUUUGGCUUCUAAUUGCUCCCUGCCUCUGCUAGCAGCGCUCUCUGGAGAGCCCGAGGAGCUUGCAGCAAGGACAGAAGUAAACACAGCUCUGCCCAGGGCCUGGUAGGAGUUCAGGUGGGGUUGCCCCAGCAGUGAUGGGACUGUUUGCCCCACCCCCUUCCUACGCGCACCCUGUGGGCUAGCAGCAGAGUGAGUCUCUUUCCUCAUUGCUGUGCGGGAGGGCAGGGUGGGAGGAAUAAAGCAAGACUGCGGUGGAGGUGAGUGCUGCCCCGUAGGGAACCAGCAGGAGCAGGGAGCUGUACCAUCAUUGUCCCGGGGCCAGGGGCAAAGUAGGAGCCUGAUCUGUCUGAGGGGAUGGAGGAGCUGGACACUGGAACAGAGCACGGCCAGAGGCAGCCCAGCUGGCAAGGGAGAGAAGGGGCUGGAGAUGGAGGAAGGCCCCUGCCCACCUUCCUGAUAGUUCCACUUAGCUGAGUUCCAAGUCUGGCCCCACGCUCUAGCAGUGAGCAGGGCAGUGUUCAGAGCCCUGAUGGCCCCCUGCUAGCUCCAGGGUGACAGGUACUCCCCUGAAGCGCUCCCCGCUCGCUUAGCAGCAGCAUGCUCGCUCGGAUACCUGCUGUGCUUUUCGGGAUUGCCUGAGUAACGGCAGCAUUUGGUUUAAUACUGGGCCUGCCACCGUUCCAUCUCCAGUGUGCAUUCACCUCCUCGCAGGGCGGGGCAUCUCCUGCUCCAAGCACAGGGACGUGCCCUCCCCUCCCUGCACAUGGGGGGUGUGGGGCUGGGGAGGGGCUGUCCUCUGUGCCGCUUGUAGCCCCGCACCUCCUGUUCUCUCCUGCAAGCUGCUGAGGAGGAGCUGGGCCCUGCUAGUGCCUGCCUGGAGUUUCAUCCCCCUGAAGCAUUAACGUGCCGCUGGCUUUGAAACAUCCCCCGUCUCCUGGGAGUCCAGCGUCAGCGCCCAACAGGCCUAGCAGGUGUCUGCUCCAUGUACAUGUUUUCUGUGCUCUGCUGUAAAUACCUGAGAGUAGUUUUUAUUCAUUUGUGAAUAUUCUAAUACUAUUUUUGUUAACUGUAUGUCUGUAUUUAUGUGUGUUGACAGUGCUCCCCCAUCACCCUCCAGGGCAUCUGCUAUGCACUCUGCAUGGGGCGGGCCCCAGGCCCCCACCCCCCCAAAGGAGAACCGGGGCGCGAGAGCAGGUCCCCACAGACACUAAGAACCCACCUUGCACACUCAGCUCCUGACUCAACCUCUCACGGUGCUGGCCGGGCAGUGUGGGGCUAGGCCCACCGAGUCCUUUGCGUGCGAAAGUCACUCCCAACACAGCUUGUGGCAGGCAUUUUGAAAUGCUUUGAUUUGCAGGUGGAGGCUCAAUCCUAUUAAUAAACUCUGUUGUUGGA